AUGGCCGAAGAAAUCUCCUGGAAUGCGCUCGUCGCCAACGUGGUCGAGUGGAAGGACCGCCUCGUCAACAACUCGGUCAAGUCUUGGGAGGAGAUGACAGCGCAGCGCUGGAUCCGCAUCAUCAUCAUCGUCGGUGCCUACCUGCUCGUGCGUCCAUACCUGCUCGCCCACGCCGAGCGCAGCCGGAAGCGCCGCGCCGAUAAGGAGGCUGCAGAGCUGGGUCUGCACACUGCCACGGAGCUGUCGGCCAACGACUUCCGUGGCGGGAGGAAGCACGCCAACAAGGGCGACGAGGGGCUGAAGCAGAGAUCAUCCUUGAGAUGA